AAUCAUCCAGGUGCCCCGGAUUUUUUUUUUUUUUUAAGUUUCAAAAAACAGAAAGAGAGAGUGUCUACGGUCUACAAUGUCUAUGAAUCCCUUUUCUACAAUGAUUAGCCUAUGGCCAGUUUGCCAUCUUGAAUUUGAAAUCCCCGGUCUCUUGUUAAAUAGAAAUAAAAUAUAGUAAGAAUGUGCAAACUACUUUUACAUAUUUAUAUUCACACACCAUCACUUGUGGCCGUUCACAACUUGUAAAAAGAAAUUCUAAUUCAAAGUACAAGUUGUUAUUACUUCAAAUAAGCAAUAAUAAAAUUAAUAAAAAAAUCAACCUCCGAAGUUUUCUGUAAACAGUCUGGGCUUUUGAAGCUCCACCGUCAGGACUCUGAAGAUCAGAGUCAGGCAGGACAGCGUGCGCUGGCCAUUUCGCUCAGCUCAGGUCGGAGCUGGGACGGUCCUUCACUAGGCAGCCGUGGCAGGGCUGGGUAGGGGGCAUGCACCUUGCACCUUAACCUCAUAUCCUGUGAAGUGCCCGCAACCCCAUGUGACGGGUGAGAUGAGAACAGGGCAGGAUAUGGUUGUGGGGAAGACAGAAAAGAGGUGCGGUCGUGCACAGGUAAAUUUACAACAAGUUUGUGUUCUUGUGAGAAGUUCUUGUGAGAAGCUUGUGGGUGUUCUUGUGAGAGGCUUCUGAGAACCGGGCUGACAUCGACUGUGGACCACACACUUCCUGGGGGCUGUCCUGUGAGGAGUUCCCGCUACAAUGUCAGCCCUGAAGAGUGGUGCAUGCUCCAGCAAACCUGGGAGCCUUGGGCUUGGAAGCCAAGACCACAGAGAUUCACAGCUGAGACUUGUCUUAGUGGGUAAGACUGGAGCAGGAAAAAGUGCAACGGGCAACAGCAUCCUUGGAGAGAAAGUGUUUCUUUCCAGCCAUGCAACAAAAUCAGUCACCAAGGUCUGUCAGAAAGGAGCCAGCUGGUGGCAAGGGCGAGAACUUGUCGUCGUGGAUACGCCUGGCAUUUUCGACACCGAGGUACGGGAUGCUGACACUGGCAAGGAGAUCGCUCACUGCAUCCUCCUGACCUCCCCGGGGCCUCACGUUCUGCUCCUGGUGGUCUCACUGGGCCGGUACACGCUGGAAGAGUACAGGGCCACGAAGAAGGUUCUGGAAAUGUUUGGAACCCAAGCUAGGAGAUACAUGAUUCUCUUAUUCACCCGGAAAGAUGAGUUGGAGGGCAUGAGUUUCCAUAAAUUCUUAGAGGACGCUCCAGACGGCAUCCGAGAGCUGGUGGAUGAGUUUGGGGAUCGCUACUGCCUGUUCAACAAUCGGGCGACAGGAGCUGAGCAGGAGGCCCAGAGAACGCAGCUGCUGGCCCUGGUCCAGCGCGUCGUGGUGGAGAACAAAGGAAAAUGCUUCACCAAUAAGAUGUACCGAAAGGCCGAAGAGGAGAUUCAGAAACAAGUCCAAGUGACACAAGAAUUUUACAGAGCAGAGCUAGAGAGACGGAUGGUGCAGAUCAGAGAGGAGUUCGAAGAGAAAAUCAGAAAGCUGGAGGACAGACUGGAGCAGCAGAACCAAAAGGAAGAAAUGGAGCGAGAAUUAGCAGAGAAGGAGGCUCUCUAUGCUCUAAAGCAGCAAAAUGCCAGAGAUGAAGUUGAGAGUCAAGCUGGGAUACUUGACUUAAUCGUGCAAGCAUUGCAGAUUGCUCGAUUUGUUUUCUCACUUCUGUUUAAGGAAGAUUAAAAGGAAUGCAAAGAUCUAUUUCCUGCAUGUUUCCUGGUGAUCCUACCCCCACACUCAUUCACCAAAGUCAGAGUGCUCUCAGCUGCGUCUCCCAGGCUCUCCCAACUAAGCGAUGUAAUAAAGUUCACCGUUAGCGAUUGGCAGAGGUCUGGUUGACUUAACAGGGGAGGGCCAACUUGUCAAUUUGUGGAACUCCAAAGCAGAAAGUAUGGAUGCUCUCUACCUUGUGAAUUCUUCAAAGAAGAUGACCCCAAACUUUCUCUUUUGCUCCCUAGUAAAAGUUUCUCCUCUAGAUUCUUUUUAGAUUGCUGGAUCAUCUGCCUCUGUGACUUCUACUCCCUUAUUUUUGCCUUUAGGACACAGUGAUCACCUCACCCAUAUGGUUUAUUAGAAAGAUUGGUUUUGUGUUGGGUAAUCUAUAGAUGGAGAGGCUUAUAGAAUUCUUUCCAGAUGAUUGGAAAUUUGUUUAAUUACAAUUUUGCAGAAGGACUCAAAUUGAUCCUUAUCGUCUGCGCGUUGAAGAACAAAGGGUCAUCUGGAAAAUAGAUCUCUCGGAACUCAACUAAGUGAAAUGCCAGAAAGGGUGGAUGACAGACAGAAAUUCAACACAUAAGGGAACAAUGUUUGCUGUGUUCAGACACAUCUAUAGCAGCUCUUUGACUAAAUUCAAUGCAAUAUAUUUGCUGAAUUAACCAGUUCUCUCCUUUUCUUGUGACACUAACUGUUGCUACCACACCUUGAUUACUUGCUGCUUUUUGUAGGUCAUCUGCACACUACCACGCCCCACCCAGCUGAAUUGCUUGCUUCUUGUUAUGAGAAUAAAACUUUUCUGUUCUCUCAUACUUGUA